CCUUGCCCUUACCUGUCUGAAGCGGCUUACCCGUUUGUGUUAAAAGCCAUUUCUUGUAAAAUCCAGCGGUUUCUUCUCCACAAGUUGUUCAUUUUGUUUUUGAUUGGCCCACUCCAUUCUGUGUGUUCUUGUGGCCAGCAAGCUGAGUCUGUACUGAUGUUUUUCACCAGAUUUGGAAAAGGGAGGACUUAAAUUUUUCAUCUGUAACUUGGAAGCUAAGUCCAAAAAGAAAUGAAGCCAUCAAAGUACCUGCAAUCUACAAGUGCUGCCUUGGCAAAUGUUCCAGAAUUGAUGUAUAAGAAAGGGCUGCUUAAGGCACCAUUGUCGCAUAAACUAAAAGAAAAACGUAGUGGAAAGUUAGUACAUGAUAAAAUGGAGCCAAUGGUCUUAAGAUCUCCACCAACAGGAGAAUCCCUUUUACGAUACGCUUUGCCCAUUCAGACGAGUAAGACACAGGAGUUAACAGGGAAAGACCAAAAGAUCAAGAUGAUCACCAAACGUCUGGAGAUGCUUGUUUCUACUUUGGAAGAAACUUUUAGAUUAGACAUUCAAGGAGGAGAAAAACAAAAUGUGGAACCUGAACAGGAAGAGGUUGGAGAAGAUAUCAAGUCAUUCUUGAUGCGUUGUUCACAUUUGGCAGCUCAGCUGGAAGCAGCAGUUAAGCAGGAACAUAAUAUUUUGGAAUCUCUUUCUAAGUGGUUUCAUGGACAAGUCAGUCAGGUGGAUGAGGUAUGGGAACAAACUGAGGACUUCCAAGGUGAAGAGCCAACUCUUCUAAAUGAACUUGCAGUACCUCAUAAAAAGCUCACCUCGGGCACUGCACAAAUAUUACAACUUGAGCAAAAUGUUAAAGAACUGGGAAAGCACCGUGAACGGGAGUCUACAACUAUAGAUUCAGAAAAUUCACCUCUAGUAGUGAAAAGUUAUGAAACUGUAAAGCAGCAAAUUGAAGAUGCUGCUUGUUCAGUGACUAAUCAAUUGGAUAUGAUGUUGGAAAUAUUUGAAAAACAGUCAAAUAUGUGGAAAAGAACUAUGAAAGAACGAGGUUUGCUGGAGGCUAAAUACAAACAGAUAAAGAGUGAUCUUGAAUUGUUAUCUGAGGAAAAAAAAAUGCUGGAAAAUAAACUACAGAGGCUGAAGGAUCCAGAGAAAGCAAAGCUAGUAGAUGAUCAAACAAAGAAAAUAGUAAAAAUAGAGAAGAAAAAAGAAAAAGGAAAACCCGAGGAUUCUGAGGGGACGAUGUCUGCCAUAAAACAGUGUAAAAUGAAAGAAGAUUUUCAGAAAUUUCAGAAAGCAACAGAUGAUCUGGAAACUGAGAAUAAAGUCCUCUGGGAAAAACUGAAAGCAGCUUUGGAGGAAGCUGGGAGAGCGAAGUAUCAACUCGAUGAUUUCCUAAAUCAACAAAAGGCCAAGGCAGCAAUGGAAAAAGGGAAAAUAAAAGUUACAGGUGAAGACUCAAAAAGUAAACUGUUGGAGAAAAAAAGAGGAAAAUCAUUAGUGUUAGCUAUUCAUGGACAAAAGAGCGGUGAUGAAAUCCAGGGACAUCCACAGAUCUCAACAGAGAAAACUAGAAUACUAUUUGAAGAAAGCUUAGAGAAGGAAAGGGCUGACUCCGUCUUUUCAGAUGUGUCACAGUUCCAGGACUCUCCCAAAGGGUCUGUCCAGUUGGAAAGCCCCAGCAAACUCGAAGCUGAUAAAAACGCCACCCUGUUCCCCAGCAGAGAAUCCAGAGAAUCUGAGGGGCUGCUGUCUAUGGAAGCGUUGCCUCCUUGGAGCAAAAGAACAAAGUUGUCGUUCACAGAACCCCCUGUUCCUAGCAAAGGAGACUCAAAGGUUGAUAUUUCAGAAGAGGAAUUAGGAAAGAAGGCUGAAAAUGAAAUUGACCAAGCAGCAAAAGAAUCUCAAGAUACAGAUCUUACACCUGAGGAAAAAUCUUUGGAAUCAGAAGCUCAAAUGCGAAAAGGGAAAAAAAGAAUAAUUAGAUUGGAUAGACGAAAGGCAUUUCUUUUAAACCCAACAUCACCUGAAGACAUGUAUCUGGUUUCAAGGAGAGAAUCUGAAGCUGAGAGCCUCAUAGAUGAGAUUUAUGAGGAACAGGAUGAAAAUACUGUACCUGAGCAGCCUGAACAUCAAGAUGCACAAACAGAAAUGAGAGUGAAAAAGAAAAGCAUUUCUAAGGGGGAGAGACUGUCCAUUCAUAAUGAAGAAGGAAAUGAAAAUGUCAUACUUGAACAUCAAGAAUCAACGUCAGAAAUCAAACCACAAGUAGAAAUGCGUGACACUUCUAGAGGGGGAAGUCUCACCACCCGUAGUGGAGAAACGGAGGAAAACCUCAUGCAGCAGCCUGAGGACUCAGUGUCAAAAAUACAAAAAGGAGUAAAGAAACACAGAAGAAGUAAAUCAGAAAGACCCAGUACUAGCAAAGAAGAAACUUAUGAAAAUCUUCUGCUUUCACCUCAAGACUCAACAUCAAAAUCAGAAAUUCAAGCAAAGACACAAAGAACUUCUUCAGGGGAAGUGCUUAAUACUCCUGAUGAAGUACCAGAUGAAAAUCUUGUGCUUGAACAUCAAGAUUCAGGCUCAGAACUUGAAAUACAAAUAAAAGAACAAAGUAUGUCCAGUGAGGAAAUAUCACUUCCUCUUGAAGCCCAGGAAAAGGGUAUCUUACUUGAAAAUCUAUUGCCUGAGGAGAUUGCUUCAUUAUCAAGAAGUGACUCUCAAACUAAGCAACCUGAAGCUAUUAAAAAGGAGAGUCUCAAAACUCAAAAUGUGGAAGAGAAAUUGCAUGGAAAUAUUAUACCUGAAGAUAAAGCUGCAACAUCAAAAAGCCGUUCUCAAGCUAAAAAACUUCCAGCUUUCAAAAUGGAUAAAGCACUGAGUAGUCAGAGGGUGGUUCAGAAGACGGAUAAACAUCUGUUUCCAGCAGACUCAAAGUCAAAAGAUCAUCAUCAAGUUAAUGAAACCCAAAUUGUCCAGUUGGAAGCACUUGGUCAGGAUAUGGAUAAACUCCCAGAAGAGGGUUUUUCUCUUCAAGAUCUAGAAUCAGCUCUAGGACCCAUGGAUCAAUUUCAUAGAAGUGAUGUUAAACAACCACAAAGAUUUCUAACUAAAGAUGAAACAGCCUCAGAAUUUCCAGAUUCAGCAAAGCAUCUUCCACCACCCAGUGCAUCCAUAGGUGACCUGAUACUUCAUUUAGGCUUAGACAAAGUGAUUGAGACUGAUCCAGAACAAUUGAGAAAUGUUUUUGGAAAGCAACUAUUAAAGAGUGAAUUCAAGGCUCAACCCAAACUUCUCCCAGAGACUGAUACAGAACAAUUCAGUGAUGUAAUUGGAAGAUACAUACUAAAGGGUGAAAAUAAAACACAAUCGAAGAGUCACCCUGAGACUACUGUAGAACGUGUGACAGAGGCGGUUGGAAAAGGUCUAAGAAAGGGACCAGUCAAGACACAAUUCAAGACUCAGACCAAGAAUGAUACGGAAACCUUGGCAGAACUUGUUGAAAGAAGUGUAAUGAAGGGAUCCUUUAAGACACAACCAAAGAAUCAGCCUGAGCCUGAUACAGAUCCCAUGACAAAUCUCGUUGGAAGAAGUACGAUAAAAGGGCCCAACAAAACACAAUUAAAGAGUCAUCCUGGUGUGAAUUUACUUAGAAACAAAGACAUGCUCACACAAGAAGAUAUUUUUAUCAAGCAUAUUGCACCAAUUAAGUCAAGAAAAUCAUCUUUUGACAGUGAAGUCCAGGAAGUGGUGGAGUCUAAAACCAACGACCUGGAGGACUCAAAAUCUGGUACAAGUUUAUUUAAAUAUGAUGGUUCCACAGAGUAUCGGGACAGUAUGUCAUCCAGGCGCACUACACCAAGUAAAUUCCCCAUGAAAGUGAUCAACUUAUCUCCCUUUGAAACUCAUGGGCGAUCUAAAAAGAAAAAAUUAAGCCCGAAGAUUGUUGGAUUUGCACAUAUUCUGCCUGUUGUGAACUCUGCAGCUAAGAAGCCCAACCCUAAAGUGUUGUAUACCAGUAGACGAAAGUCUGCACAAUAUCCAUACUUCAAAGAAUGAAGGGAGUUCUGGGCAAGAUAAAGAACAUGACCACAUCCAUGGACACGCAGUGAGAGUUUCAGGUGAGGAAAUCUGAAAACAAUGCUGAUGUGAGUAGCAGUGCAUCCUGAAGAGCCAGUGGAGGUGCCCUGGGCGGCAGAGGGGGCCCAGGCCAUGCAAGGCACACAGGCGGCAGAACUCGACUUUAUGGAACAUUUUGAACCACUAAGAUCAAUGCCUCUUUGUUGCUGAUGAUAAGAAGUGAGCUGUUUGUUGAAGUUCCAGUUUGCUUCUUUCACCAAUGUCCCUGUAGUCUCUCUGUUGUGGUGUAGAAUCAAUUAAAUGUAACUUGUGCUCUGCA